AUGCAAUACACAAAUCCUCGUCUUCUUAUUGCUGUUGUUAUUAUCAGCAUCGCCAGUAUAUGGUCCACAGAAUGUGUCACAUGCCGUAAUGAUACUGCGAGUGCGUGUGAUCCAGCCUCGACGUCAAAAUUGUCGUGCAAAGGGACCGGACGAAUCUAUGUGAUUCCGGAUGAAUGUAUGGACGAUGGUGGUGUUGACAGUGUAGGAGAUUCGCUCGAAAUCUAUUGCGUUUGCAAUCGAGCUCGUUUUUGCCUUUCGGGUGAAGCAUGUCCAUGGCGAAAUGGAACGGCCAAUGAAGUCGAUAACGGGCGCACGUGUUCUCGUGCUGGUCUCACAUCAUCCUACAUGGCGAAUGCUUGGUGCAAGCAAUGGAAAAAUCAUACAACCUAUAAUUGCUGUUACGAUGGCUUUAUUGGAUUUUAA